AUGGAGUCUAAUAGAUUAGUUUAUAUUGAUAUUAACGCUACAAUUGUCGGAAAUACGUUUCAAAAUUUAAUUUCCUUUAAAGGAGCAGCUAUUUAUUUAGAUAUAGCUUAUGUACACAUAUCAGAUAACUAUUUUGUCAACAAUUCAGCUUCGAUUGCUAGUUCUAUUUACUUAAUUUCUCCUUUAGAAUCAAAUAUUACUAGCAACGUAUUCUCGAAAUGCCAAUCAAAAGUGCUUGCAGGCGCUUUACUCUGUGAAUCAUCAACUAUUUCAAAUAAUUCGUAUCAUUUUCUCCUGAAUAACUUUACAAAAUGCGAAUCAGCAUCUGUUUCAGCACUUGAUAUAUGGGAUGGAAAUCCUAUUAUUGGAUGCUCUUGCUUCUUCAAUAAUUCAGGAAAUUACAAGUUUGGUUCUUUAAGAACAAGCAGUAAAAAGCCAAACACAGCUUCAGUAAUGAAUUGUAUAUUCGAUUUCAAUAAAUCUCCAAUGCUUGGAGCAGCUUAUUCAGUUUAUUGGUUUUCAUCAACUGCAGAAAUACAAAAUUCCACGUUUAUUGGAAGUACCCUUGGCAACAAACACGGUGGAAGUAUUUGUAGUACAAAUAAUGGUGUUUCUUUGAAAUUAUUUGAUUGCAAUUUUCAAUACACUGAGAUUGAAGAAAUACAAUUUAAGAAGAUGAGUUCCUCAGUUGAGAUAAGCGAAUGCAAGUUCUCAUCCACAUGA